AUGACUAGAAAAACAAUAGCUAUUGACUUGGGUACAUCAUAUUCAUGUGUAGCUGUAUUUCAACAUGGAAAAGUUGAUAUCAUUCCUAAUGAGCAAGACAAUAAAAUUACAUCAUCGUAUGUUGCAUUCACUGAUACUGGACGUUUGAUUGAUGAUUCAACUAAAGAUCAAGCAACUCAAAAUCUAAAUAAUACUAUAUUUGAUGUCAAACGACUUAUUAGUCCUUAUUUCAAUGAUUCACAACGUCAAGCGACAAAAGAUGCUGCUAUCAUUGCUGGUCUUUAUGUAUUACGUAUUAUUAAUGAACCAACAGCAGCUACUAUUGCUUAUGGUUUAGAUAAAAAAGUUUUAGUUGAAAGAAAUAUUCUUAUUUUUGAUUUGGGUUGUAGAACCUUAAAUGUAUCAAUUCUCAAAACUGAGGAAGGUGGUGAGGACUUUGUUAAUCAAAUGAUGCUACAUUUUGUUGAAGAAUUUAAACGUAAGCUUGGAAAAAAUUUAUCAAAAAAUAAACGUGGUCUGGUCUUCAAUGAUUACGUACAGCAUCUUACAUUAUAUUCAUCAUAUCAAGCAUCUGUCGAAAUUGAUUCUCUGCAUGAUGGUAUUGAUUUCUAUUCAAAAAUAACUCGUAUUCAUUUUGAAGAACUGAAUGAUGAUUUAUUUCGUUUAACACUUGAACCUGGUGAAAAAGGUUUACGUGAUGCUAAAAUGGAUAAAUUACAGAUACAUGAAGUUAUACUUAUUGGUGAUUCAAGACGCAUUCCAAUAGUAAAACAACUUUUACAAGAUUUCUGUAAUAGUAAAGAGCUUUAUAGAUCAAUCAAUUCAGAUGAAGCUGUUGCAUAUAGCGCUGCAAUUCAGGCAGCUAUAUUAGCAGGUAAUCGAUCGGAAGAUAUGAAAGAUAUAAUUUUACUUGAUGCUGCAACAUUUUCAUUGGUAACUAUUAAUGUAUUUGAAGGUGAAUAUGCAACGACAAAAGAUAAUAAUUUACUUAGUUAUUUUCAACUGACUGGUAUUUCACCAGCACCACGUGGUGGUUCACAAAUUGAAGUUACAUUUGAUAUUGAUACAAAUGGUAUAUUAAAUGUGUCAGCGAUAGAUAAAAGUUCUGGAAUAAAAAAUAAAAUUACAAUUACAAAUGAUAAAGGACAUGUAUCAAAAGAUGAAAUUGAAUAUAUGAUUGCUAAAGCUGAAAUAUAUAAAAAAGAAGAUGAAGAAGAACAUGAUCGGAUUGAAGAUGAUAAAUUAGUAAAUAAAAUUAAUACUGAUGAUAAGAAGAGAAUGACUCGACAUCUAAAAUUAGAAAGAUUAUCAUUUACUGAAUUAGUACAUGGUUCUAUGAUCAUUACUAAUGACAAUCUAGAACAACUCAAAGUAUGUACACGAGUUUUAACUAAAACAUUUUUAUUAACAUCAAAACAAUCAAAUAAAGCAUUAAACUAUGUUUAUAACUAUAAAUACCAUAAAGACAAUCGAUUAACUACGAUAUGUCAAUAUGAAAUACGUUAUCGAAGAACUACAUUAGAUGUUCAUUCUAUAUCAAUAUUUAAAAGUAAGCAAGACGUACAAAUUAUUCCAUAUUCAACAUUUUAA